AUGGCUUCCGUGCCGGUGAAGCCACUACCUCCGGUUGGCCCACAUCUUCUUCGACGGAACCUCACUACGACGGCGUUUUCCAAAUCUCCGGCAAUGCUCGUCUCGCGCUCGAAUCGACAUUUUCUUGGAAUAUCCACGUAUAAUAAAUGCUUUCGUUCAUUGUGGCAAGUGAGGAAUCCGGCGUCUUUGAGCACCCGCGGUUGUAAAGUGGUGGCAUCGGCGGGAAACUUGACAGCACCGUCGUGGGAUUCGUGGAAGCCAGAUAAGACGGCGGUGGCGACGACUCUGUUGUUGAGUGACGUCAUUUGGCCUGCAGCUGGAGCGUUUGCGGCGAUGGCGAUAAUGGGAAGAAUGGAUCAAAUGUUAACUCCAAAAGGGAUUACAAUGUCAGUUGCACCACUUGGUGCCGUCUCCGCCAUUCUUUUCACCACUCCUUCUGCUCCUGCUGCUCGGAAAUACAAUAUGUUUUUAGCUCAAAUUGGUUGUGCAGCGAUUGGGGUGGUAGCGUUUUCUGCCUUUGGACCGGGAUGGCUCGCCCGGAGCGUGGCCCUUGCCGCUUCCAUCGCUUUUAUGAUCAUUGCUCGUGCCAAUCACCCUCCUGCGGCGAGCUUACCACUAAUGUUCAUAGAUGGAGCAAAGUUCCAUCACUUGAACUUCUGGUACGCAUUGUUCCCAGGUGCAGCCGCUUGUAUCAUUCUCUGCCUUCUCCAAUCGAUCGUAUGUUACUUGAAAGAUAACAUAAAAUUUUGA